AUGGAUCGUUUCGACUGCUCCGCCAUCUAUAUCGACCAUCGCGUACGAUCAGAACGUUGGGUGUAUCAAGGUACGCCCGAGACCCCGGCAGGCGCAACGUCGGAUUCUGGAGUUAUCGAGGAGCCGGAAUCGCUGUCGUCGGACGUUCAAGUCCUGUUAGGAGUAUGUAAACGCAUAUAUCUCUGCCAAGCCGGAACCUCUAUCGCGACCAAAUUAGCGGAGCUAAGCGACGGCGCUCAUACUCGCUGCACGCCCAUCUUCGUGUUCUUCGAUGUUGAUAUCCAUGGCGAGGAAGCUGCCCUGCAUCGUCGCCGAGCCAGCCGUGGCUCGUGGGCCGAUGUAUCGCCUCCCUCGCCAGCAUCCCUGCGUCGGGGAUUCACCUUUACCUCACAAUGGGAAGGGGCAUACGACUUGAAGUUACUCUCGGGGUUGUCGGCCGAUAUCCAAGUCCAAGAUUGCCCCAAUGUGAUCAUUCCCGUCGCUGUCUUGCGCUCUCCGUUCGCCGACCCCACUAGCGCCUCCCCUGUCGAACAGCCUCGUAUUCCAUCUCUCCCCGAACCCCAACACAUCUCCAAAUGUCUGGAUGCGGGUGCAGUCGACGUUCUAGUAACCCCGCUGGACAGCUGUAGAGCACAAGCUCUGGUUGUCCAGGCCUAUCGGACUCGUAAGACGGCUCUCCGAGAACAGUCGCGCUUUCUUUCGCGAAAGAAACUGCGCAAACACUCAUGGGUGGGUGUCCAUGACGAGCAGCCAUAUGCGUACCUCCGAGAAGCCAUGGUUUCCAAGCUCAUGCGGGGCAUCUGCAAUCCUGAAGAGGUGAUUGAGGAAUUCCAAGACCGCGAACUAGACGUUCGGCCCGACCGCGCGGAUUUUGUCAGAGAACACAUUGGGAAAUGGAGUUUUACCGCCCAUGAGUUUUCGGACGACGAACUGGUAUUGGCCGCGUUCGAAAUGCUGCAGCAUGCUUUGACUGAUCCGGCGCUGGAGCAAUGGCAGUUAUUGCCCGGCGAACUCCGGACAUUUCUCCUCGCUUGUCGUGCGUCUUACAACUCCUUUGUUCUCUACCACAACUUCCGACACGCGAUCGAUGUGUUGCAGUCGGUCUUCUGUUUCCUUCUCCACAUCGGCGCCCUCCCCUCCUACGGGUCUGCGGGCCCCACGAUUGACACCAAAUGCCCGAUCGCAUCUCUCCUCACACCAUUCGAUACCCUCACCCUACUGAUAUCAGCCAUUGGCCAUGACGUCGGCCAUCCCGGCGUGAACAACUUCUUUCUGGUGAAGCUGAAUGCCCCGCUGGCCCAGCUGUAUAACGACAACUCUGUUCUGGAAGCAUUCCACUGCGCCGCCUUUUCCCAGAUUCUGCGCCGCUACUGGCCGACGGCGUUCCGCGAUCGGCAACUGCGCAAGCUUCUGAUCAGCUCCAUUUUGGCCACGGACAUGGGCGUUCACCAGAAGUUCAUGGAACGACUGGGAUCGCUUCAGGAGAAGUUCCACGAGAACAAGCGUACGACGGACGGGUGGAAACCCCAGGAUUUAGACCUGUAUAAGACGCUGCUGUGUGGUCUGCUGAUCAAGUGUGCCGACAUCAGUAAUGUGGCGCGCCCGUGGGAGGUUGCGGAGAAGUGGACCCAGAUCCUGCAGGAGGAAUUCGCCAAUCAGGGCGAGAUGGAAAAGGAGGUUGGGAUGGAGACUGCGCUGUUUGGCGGUCCACCCGAACUGGGGAAUGUGUACAAGCUUGCCACCAGCCAGAUUGGAUUCAUGUCGAUCUUCGCCCUGCCGCUCUUCGAGGGCGUGUCGGAUAUCCUCCCCGACCUGAAGUUCACGGUCGAGCAUAUCCGAAGCAACCAGUCCAAAUGGCAUUUUCUCGCCGACAUGGAGAAAAACCGGCAAACGUUGCAGGCUGAUCUUCGUCCAGACGACUUGGUGUCGCCCCGCACUCAGAGCCCCAUUCCAAGUUUGAAGGGACUCCACGCGCCGCUAGCCAUCAAUAGUUCCAACACGCCCCUCCGGUCAUCCUUUCCCACCAGCGAACCUGCCAGCCGGCAGUCGACCCCGGAUGAUUACUUUGGGGCCGCGGCGACGCCCUUGGGUUCGGACGAGGCGCCCAGUGAUUAUAAUGAGAAUACCAUCAGCCCGGUCGUCUCACCGGACACUCCGGGCCCGUCCAUGGACAUCACUGGGUACCAGUUGCCGCCGGAGGAGGCUGUCUCGCGCCGGUCUUCCGGCGUCAUUCCUGAGGGAGACACCGACUCUCCAUCCGCACGCCCGAGUGACGCCCUGGACGAUUCCUCCGACGCGAAUCGGACUCCGAGCGACCCAACCGCCCUGGCAGCCGCCCUCCUCGCCAACGGAUCCACUGCGGGGAACGGCGACACGUCGGGUCGCUCCAGCGGGCGCAACAGCUCCGUGGAAGGCCGACCAAGCAGCUCGCGUUAUGGGUUGCCUAGCGGUCGACGCCAUCAUGCGAACACGGCUUCGUCGGGGCGCACAUCGGGGCCGUCGAAUUCGCAACGGAACAGUUGCACGCGCACGCACAGCGUCAGCACCUACAGUAACAACAUGACCCCGAUCUCGCCGUCAACGAAUGCAACCAGCUUCCUCAGCGUGGACAGCGACGAAAAGAACUUGCCUCGGGAAAGCAUCAGCCGGAGUGAUCAAGGCGAAUGGGACCGUGCCAACAACAUCCGGCCGGCCACGUCCAACCAUGAGCCGGCCAUUGCGGCGUACCCUAGCGCGCGCCGCAAUUCCGACCCGCACAGCUACGAUGCUGGCAAGCACCGCAUGGCGGUCUCGCCAGUGGGGACUGGGACGGGCAGCUCUGCUCAAUCCACGACGACGACUGGAAGCAUGAAACACGAGGGGCAUGGGCCCCGCUGGGAUGAGCAUGGGCCUGGGGAGCACGCUCCCCCGCGUAAGCUGCCGAAACGCCGGAGUCGACUACGGUUGGCUUUCUGGAAGCGGCGCACCCAUCACUCGCAUCAGCAUGAACUGAGUGGCGAGACGUGA